UUUAUUAUUAAUUUAUGAUACAAAAACUAAAUUACGUUAAAUAACAUGUAAAUGAAAAUGUUAACAAGCCUCAAGGCUUCUGGCUUCGAUAAAUGUUAGGUAAACUGUUCAAAAUCUUGCAUAAUUCGACGUGAUGAUUGGAAUUAAAUUUGUCAUUAUUGAAGGUAAAAAAUUCAUUAGCCUUUAUUUUUUUACCGUGCUGACACACACCUUUUACCUAAAAAGACGUAAUUUUAGUAUCCUGCAAAGUUAUGUUUUGUUAGCCACCUCCACAUAUCCAUCGAUGUCUUCAGUGAGUGGCUUGUCUAACUCGACAGAAACCAUCAAAUCGUCCGAUGAACGUAAAGUAAACGUUCUAUCUCCCACACGGGAUCCACUUACGAAACCAUAAACCGAAACAUUUUUGCCCACAAAACCAGCCAUUUGGGCACCGGUUACAAUGUUGUAUAACGUACUACGGGUACUCAUAAUGACCAUGAUUUCUGUUUACACAGUUGUUAGCUGAAUGUUGCUGUAAUUUAAAAGUAACUUACGGAAAAAACUAUUGUGUUGGACUCGUUAAAACUUGACUCCCGCGCUGUCAACCCGUCAACUGUCAAGUGCAAGUGUCCAAGUCCCAAUGUAGCCAAUAGAAGAGAAAUAAUCACAAUUAUUAAUAUUUAUAAAUUAAUUAUGAGUGGUUUUGUCUAGCAUAUUUUUGUAUAUGUGUAAUUAUUAAUACUAAAGUAAAAUAAUAAUAAUAAAAAUAAUAUUACCUUGUUAACAUUCUAAUGUUGGCAAGUCUCAAAUGUCAAUUUAUAAACAUAACCUCAUUGCGCACAAAUAAUUGCUUUUUGUUUGUAAAUAAUUACCAGCAGAUAAUUAAUAAUACAAUGUCUUUAGUCCCUGAUUAUGAUUCGUUAUCAAGCUCCGAUUCAGAAGAUGAGGAAAUAGUUGAACCUAAAACCAGGGACACCGAAAAGACGCCUCUCAAGCUUCCAACACCGGACUUUGUAGGCGUCUCUAACGAUCCAGACGUACCAAAAACAUCAGUUUUUAAAAACCCAUUUACGGAAGCCGAGAACGCCAAAGAAGCGAUUUUGCAGAAACACGUCAAAAUGGUGGACGCUAAAGAUAACGUCGUCGUAAUAAACGGUAAAAAAAUCUGUUGGAAUUAUAGGAAAGGGCGGUGUCGCUUUGGUCACAAUUGUAAAUACGCACAUGACUCAGAUUUACAAAAAUCAAAAGAACAGUUACAAAGUGAGAAGCAAAUGCAACAGACUGUUGUUUGCCAAAAUCAGAAUUUACCUGAACCGUCGCCUCAAGACUUGGAAAAAAUCAAGCAAGAAGCAGUUACGCAAAAUGCUCAAAAACGGAAAAAACGACCGGGAUUGACGCAGGGACUCGUUCCUGGGAAGAGAAUUAUGAAAAAUUAUGUUAAUAAGAAAUUGUAAUGUGUACCUUUUUUAUUUAUUUUCUUUGUGAUUAAAAAAGGUUAAGAAAAAACGGUUUGUGUGUGACUA